AUGGCGACUACCGGCGCGAGCUGCGCUUCACUCUGGCGAAAAAUAAGUUGUGCAUUCAGUUAUGCUUACCCAAACAAAAGCCGGAAAAAGCCCAUGCACGAGUACUUCCUGCAGCUGGCGGUUUCAGCAUCCCACAUGCAUGCAAGUGUGAAUCUUGCUAUGCUGCUCCUGGCAGUGUUGGAUAUAUUCUUUUCUGCUGUCGCGGUCACCAGUGAGAACAGCAACCACAGAACAUCAGCACCAACUUUCAACUUUAGCAGCAUUUCCCUGCCGCUGGAGCACAUACCUUUUUUCCUGUACAACAACAAGAAAGUUGCCAAACUCUGCAGGCUUGACCCGCUCUGUCCUUUUAAACCCAUUGCUUUGCUGAAUUUGUCCUCCUGUUGGGGUUACGAGAAGAACUGCGAUCCGGAGAACCGUUUCAAUUAUCCGAUCUGCGAUAAAGCUGACUCUGGAUGGGUAGAUUCGCUGGAGGCAGCCCAGGACCUUUUCUGGAAGCAGGCUGAUUUUGGUUACGUCAAGGAGCGUCGCUCUGAGCUCAAAACACUUUGCAAAGCCAGCAAGCCUGGAGACUCUUCUUUGAGAUGCACUAGUCAUGCAAGAUUCUGUAAGGCAACUAACCUUUACCUGGACUUGCGGAAACCACGCAGAAGUCAUGAAAGGUACAAGGAGGACUUCAUUCAGAAAGGUGAGAUUGGUGGUCAUUGCAGACUCAACAAGCAAGCACUUGCAGCAGCUGGCGAGCACAAGAGCCCAUUGCAGUCUUGGUAUGCAGAGCUUCAAACAUACACAGAGUUGGACUCUAAUCCUUUGCACUUGGAAUUUUGUGACAUCAUAAUAGAAAAACCCACAGUUUUCAUGAAAUUGGAUGCUGGUGUGAACAUGUACCAUCACUUCUGUGACUUUGUCAACCUCUACAUAUCCCAGCACAUUAAUAACUCCUUUAGUUCUGACAUCAACAUUAUUAUGUGGGACACGAGCUUUUAUGAAUAUGGAGAUUUGUUCAGUGAAACAUGGAAGGCUUUCUCAGAAUCUGAGAUCAUUCAUCUAAGGACCUAUGAUUUUAAAAGAGUAUGUUUCAAAGAUGCCUUUUUCUCUCUCCUCCCAAGAAUGAGAUAUGGUCUCUUUUACAACACGCCACUUAUCUCUGAUUGCUACAGUGAAGGGAUGUUUCGGGCAUUCUCCCAACAUGUUCUCCAUCGCCUGAACAUACCGCAGAAUGGACCCAUUGCCGGGCGUAUUCGUGUUACCUUGCUGGCACGCAGCACAGAAUACAGACGAAUAGUAAACCAAAUUGAGCUCGUAAAUGCGCUUAAAACUGUGGCGCAGCUGGAGGUCAGUGUGCAUGACUACAAAUAUAAGGAUGUUCCAUUCCUUGAGCAGCUAAAGAUCACCCACAACUCCGACAUCUUUAUCGGAAUGCACGGAGCAGGACUUACGCAUCUACUCUUUCUACCAGACUGGGCUGUGGUCUUUGAGCUGUAUAAUUGUCAAGAUGAUGGUUGCUAUCGAGAUUUGGCACGGCUACGAGGUAUUCGUUAUGUGACUUGGCACAGAAAGGACAAAGUAUUUCCUCAGGACAAGGGUCAUCAUCCAACUCUUGGAAACCAUCCCAAGUUCACAAACUACUCCUUUGAUGUGGAGGAGUUUAUGCGCAUUUUGCUGGAGGCAGCAGUUUACAUCACACAGCAUCCCAAAUGGCAGCAUCAUAUCAAGCAUGAUGAACUAUAA